AUGAACUCAAAAGAAAAAUCCGACCACGACGCCUCCGGAGUCGCCAAAUUUCUCACGACAGACCCGGCCGAAGUCGACAAAAAGAUCAACGAACCCAUCAAAAAGCUCCUACAGGAAUAUAGUCACAUACCGCAGGAGACGACGGUGGGACAUGUUCUUGAGCUGCGCGACCGUGCUUUCGCCAUCUUUCCCUACGCCUGCAUCGGCCAACUACGCUUCCUCAACCUCUCCCUCCGCACCCACCCCGCCUACCCACAAAUCCUCCACCGCCUCACCAGCACCCCCAACACCACCCUCCUGGACCUAGGCUGCUGUUUCGCGCAAGACCUGCGCCAGCUCGUCCUCGACGGCGUGGCCUCCGACCGCCUCUACGGCAUCGACGUCGACCGCAAGUUCAUCGACCUCGGCUACGACCUCUUCCUCGACCGCAGCACCCUGGACAGCCACUUCCUCACCGUCGAUGCGCUCGGCCCGUCCGCGGCCCAAGACCUCGCCGGCGUGAAUGCCAAAAUCGACAUCGUCUGGGCCGCCUCCUUCUUCCACCUCUUCCCACGGCCCCGACAGCUCGCGGUCGCCAAGACGGUCGUCGCACUGCUGAAGCCGGUGCCCGGGUCCAUGCUGCUGGGCCGGCAGCUGGGCAGCGUCAAGCCGGGGGAGUAUGAUGUGAUGAAAGACGGGCGAUGGCAGUUCCGACAUGAUGUGCAGAGCUGGACGGAAUUUUGGGAGGAGAUGGGCCGCGAGACUGACACGAGGUGGAGGGUUGAGGCCAGUCUUGACGAGGUAGAUUUUGGCUACGCGCAGAACAGGGAGUGGGGCGAUCCCGAUAUGAGGCGAUUGUUGUUUCAGGUUGUAAGGGAGUGA